AUGUCCUGGCUGGCAUCCCUCGUCUUGGCUCUUAUCCACUCUGUUUAUUCGUUGUUCAUUUGGCUGCGAACCGUACGGGCGAAUAGGCACGAGCGCAUUCCACUCGAGCUAAAUGCGAAACGGAGCAAGACACCAAAACACCUGGGUCUUAUUCUUGCUUAUGAUGCCAGCCUCGACGGCCAUGAAGAACUAGAACAAGUGCUCGUUGCAUGUUUACGAUCGGCAGUUGGGUGCGCGCAGGCGGCAGGCAUUGAGCAGUUGACCGUGUACGACCGUGACGGCUUGUUGAGCACCUGUCCCAAUAUCGUGCGCGACUGUAUGUCCUCCCCAAGACCGGCUGAGAGCCUUCUUGAACCCUCACGGCCAGAGCUUGUAUAUCCUCUCACACCUCCACUCUCCGAAGACUCCGAUUCAUCGACGUCCGCCCCUUGGAAUGAUACUCCGGAUGCUCGACUGAAUGUCGUUACCGUUUAUUCCGGUGGUGGGGCACAAGACAAGAGGAAGCGUUACAAGGGGAAACGGCGUCGCAGCAACCGUAAGAGUCUCGACCCCUCAUCGGAUGAGAGAACCUUUUCCGUAAACCUUGUCUCGCGAGACUCUGGCAAGCCGGCCAUUGCUUCUGUGGCGAACCACCUGCGUACCUCCCGAACCCCGGAAACCCCAUCCACGGCGCCUUCGGUGACCGACCUCGAUCAUAUACUCGAAGGCGAGAACGGGUUCAGCCCACCGGAUCUGAUCAUUGUACACCACAUCACACCCGAAAAGUACGCAAAUGCGCCACUGGAGCUGUAUGGCUUUCCACCAUGGCAAGUCAGGCUCUCCGAAAUAUACCACAGCCAACACCACUCCCCCUCUUCUACCCCACAUUGGCGCUGGCCGGGUAUUUCGAGAGGACGCCACCGCAGCCACCGAGACCGUUGUUCCGUCUUGGAGGAGAUCGACUUCAGAAGAGCGCUGGACGAGUUCUCUGGCGCUGAAAUGCGGUUGGGGACAUAG